AUGAGCUCAUUUCCGGACUUUCUUAACACCUCCACCGAAGGACCCCAGCCAAUUCUAUUCACCGGAGAAAUGAUCUUUCGCGGCAUGUUUUCAGACUUCGCUGAGCUUUCAGCAUUUCUUGACGUGGCAAAUAUCAUUGCUGCCGUAAACGACUGGCCCGACUUGUAUGAUGAAGAACAACUCGCCAUGAAUGAAGUUCCCGUCUACAGUGCGAUUUAUGUCGAAGAUAUGUACGUAGACUAUGAUCUUGCGAGAGCUACUGCGACGAGAAUCAAGAAUUGCAAGACGUUCAUCACCAACGUUCUGUACCACGACGCCCUUGGAAAUAAGACUGACGAGCUCAUAAGACGACUGUUCGAUUUGCGCGAUGACGUUCUUGAUUGA